UUUUGUAGCUCACAGUUAGCGGAUGAUGGUUGAAAGCGGAGCUAUAGAGUGAGUUUACUGAAAACGACCAAGCCUUUUUAUGCGUUUCUUAUCGUUCUCCGUCGCUGACAUUUUGCCAAGUGAAUAUUUACUACGACAGCUACCUCCGAUACAAUUUUUAUAGGCGUUAUGACAUCGCAACAGCCUCAGCGGCCGCGGAGAAAUGCCUCCCCGUCGUCAAAGCCCCCGCCGAUGAAAGCUACCUUGGUGCCGAUUUCGCUAAGACAACAAGGCAGUCCGACACGAAGUAAUGGCCGUCGAUCCAGUCCUACCUCAUCGCCAACACCACUAUGGGCCUCGGAUAGUCACAGGGUUAAACACAGGCGUUCACCAGACCACAGAACGUCGCCAGAGAGGCGUAGUCCCACGUCGCCAAGCUUCAACAAAGUUGAACGUCCAAAACCAGUCCGAGCUAGUCCUUCAUCUUCCAUGCGCCGAACCUCUUCUUUAGACACAAUUACUGGGUAUUUAACAGGCAUUUGGCCAAGAGAUGGCUCCAAUUACGGUCCUGAAAUGAAACACAAAUCAACACAGACUGAAUGGGAUGAACUAAAUGAUGACAAGAAAGCAAAGAGUUUGCACAAAAGAUCUGCAUCCUGGGGAAGCGCUGACCAAAGAAUUAUAAAAGAGAAACUAAAAAAUAAUAUACGAAAACAAGGUAGUACUCGGAAUACAGCCAAUAACAAUAGGCAGUCACCAGUGCAUGGUAACCAUGCAGCAGUUCAACAGCAGCAACAGCAGUCGGCAUCCACUGGAUCACAGGCCAUGCCAAUUCCAUCUCCUAGCAUUCCAAAAGUUCCAAGGGCAAGGGGAAGUGUAGAAGGGCUUAAUCAAGAGAUUGAAAAAUUGGUACUAACUGCAGUCUCAGGGAAUAUUGAAGAUUUUGAUAGGACUCAGGAACCUGCCCCUGAUGGUCACAGGGCGCCGUUACCAGGAAUGAACAGGACAAGCAGUACACGUAGUGUAGACACGCAAACUCCGGCUGGUACAGAUGGUUUAGAAGAUGACAAUAAUAGCGACAGUAGUAAAUCAGGUAGUCGAUGCCAGUCCAUAUCUCCUCAGUUCCCCAUUAGUUUGGAUGGAUCACAACCUGGCAGCAGAUCCAGCUCAUCUGGCAAUGACAAGAGUGAAAAACAAGGUGAUGCUUCACCAGAACUUCAACAUAUGCCAAAGUAUGCAUCAUCGCCUAACCACAACAAGUCGUAUAGGUUAACGAGGGAGCCUCCAGAUGGUUGUGAGAAAGUCAAAAUUGUAGACGAGUCGAAUCCAUGUAUUGGAGCAGCUGAUAGUGUCUUUUGUCCAGAUAAGAGAGUUACAUUUAUCCUACGACCCAGUUUGGGGUCUGCAUUCUGUCCAAUUUUACCCAACUACCCAGAUCUGGCGGUGAAGUCACCUGCACAACAAACUACUAAUUCAACUGGAAUUGAAGGCCAGUAGAAGACAAUCAACAGAAAAGUUAGUUUACUAACUAGCUAGCUUAUAGAAUACUAUGCCAGUCAAAUGAUCCUAGGGGCAUAUAAUAUACACUCGUUUAUCUUGUUGUUUAGAAAUCAUUACCCACAUCCCUCUUGCCAAUAUAUCUUGCACAAUCCGGAAGUUAAAAUCAACAACUUCUGUUUGUAGUUGCAUUCUAACAUCAUUGAAUGAUCAAAAAAUAUUCGGUAUAUUUAUUGGAACUAUUAAUUGUUGUGCAUCAGUCCCAGUUUAAAAUUUUUGAAAUCAGAUUUUUCGAAAUAAUUUUUUAUUUGUUCGCUACUUUGAUUGUGUUCAUGGCAAUAUGCUUGUCACUGUCAGUAGCAUAGGCAAUGAUAAAUACUUAUAAAUUCUAUUUGCAAGAUUCAAGUGUACGAGAUACACUCUAGGUUUUGCCAUCUGAACUAGAUAAAGAAAACAGAUUUUAUCAACUUUUUUGGCAUAGUAUUCAUUCUGUGUGUAAUAUAAUGUACAUGUCUUUCAUAAAAAAUACUUUUCUAUUUGUGAGAUUGACGAGACGGACUGACACGCUGACACACACGCACACAUGGAUGGACAGACGCAGACAGAAGACUUUCCUAAUUCUAUGCUUUGUUACACUUCAGUUUUAGAGUUCCAUACCCAGUGUAUCAUUUGUACAGAUCCAAUUUUUAUUUUACUUUACUACUAUACCAGAGGAAAAAGUCUAGAGUAGAGGAGAGAUCUCUUGGAAAGUCCUUUAUAAUAUUUUGUAUUGAAGAAUAGUUUUAUUUUAAAAGCUGGAAAGUCAGCAUAGCAAAUUUCCAAAUUAAAAAAAAAAUAAUAAGGAAGCGAGUUAAAUUAUAUCUGAGUGAUUUGAAUGGUCAGCAACCUUUCUCAAAGACGAUGAAAUAAUUUGAAUUCCAGCAAGUGACAUGGUAGAGUGUACCUUGUAAAACGAAUGUGAAAUGUGUAUUCAAAGAUACCAUUUUGAAUGGUACCAAACUACUUUUCAGAUCAAUUGAUCCAAAGCACUUGUGAUAUUGACGGUGCUGUGACAUUUUUUAGACAUUCUGCAAUUGACCAAUGUUGGCCAGUUUACGAGUGUCUUAUAAAAGUUACCUAUAUGAUGUACUUAUUGAAUGAUGCCAAUGCAAUCACAUUUUGAAUAUUGAAAGAACCAGCUGAUGACAAAGACAGUUUUUGCAAUCAGACUUGACUCGGCUACUUUUGUUUUUGGUAGCUAUAUUGAUAAAGAUGAGCACUUUGCACAUAGCAAUAAGGAAUCCAGAUAAUGUUAAAACAAAAACACAUUGAAUCCUGCUGAGCAGUUCCAGGUAGUUAUUUACUAAAUUAGUUUUGAGUACAUAAAACUUACGGUAUAGUUGAUUUGUCUUAAACUAUAACCACGUUAUCCUAAUGGUUUCACAUUUACAGUUGUAGUUUGUUUCAAAUGAAAAAAUUAUUUAAAAAAAAACAAAAAACACUGAAAAAACUGUUUUGUAUAACCACAUGGUAUUUUGGAAUAUAUAUAUAUACGGUUUCAUCCUUGCAUGUCAAGUUUUUCAAUGUGUUACGCCAUAAGCCAUGUUAUAACAUAUGCGAAGGAAAUGAAGCGUGUGCUGAUGUUUUACGAUUUCCAUGUUGAAUAUUAUGAAAUGUUCCCCAGCCCCCUAUAUAUAAUAUUACUCAAAUUCUGAUGUUAAAAUAUAGACAUAUUUAUGAAAUCGCAUCACCAUUGUUAGAUAUCAUAUUUACCAAAGUCUUUGUAAUUUUACGUGCUCACUUAUUUCGCCACUUUAGUUUUAUUCAGAUUUCAAAAGUUGCAAUGUUACAGAAAACUGAAAUUGUGUUCUGAUUUGCUUGCAUGAAACAAAACUAUUUGUUGACUUUCAUUCAGUACAUAACGCCAGGUUUGGUUAUUACACUUCAAAUCUGUCAUGUCUAUUUUUGCUUUCAAUCAAAAUCUGCUUGAUUGAUCAAUAAAGUUCAAAAUAACUGCUCUUCUUUCAAGGUGUUGAUAUUUAAUAUACAAUUAUUUGAUCUAUUGUUUGAAAUCUUUGACAUCUUAGAUAUUUUUCUGGUUCUUCAAUUUUUACAUGGUUAUUACAGUCUCCUCCUAGAUCUGUUGAUCUGAUCUGAAGGGACAAAGACAUUAGAGUUUGUCCUCUUAUUGUAACAGGAAAACAAAGAAAAUAACUUGUCUUUAUUAUUAGUAAUAAAACUGUUAUUAUUUUCA